GUGAAGCCAGAGGUCCUCAGCCACCCUGAGCAGUUCUCUCUGAUCUACUCAGAACACCCCUUCAUUGUGCCUGGUGGGCGCUUUGUCGAGUUCUACUACUGGGACUCCUACUGGGUGAUGGAGGGUCUGCUCCUCUCUGAGAUGCCCGAGACAGUGAAGGGCAUGCUGCAGAACUUCCUGGACCUGGUGCAAACCUACGGACAUGUCCCCAACGGGGCCCGCGUGUACUACCUGCAGCGGAGCCAGCCCCCACUCCUGACCCUCAUGAUGGACCGCUACGUGACUCACACCAAUGACACCGCCUUCCUACGGGACAACAUUGAGACCCUCGCCUUGGAGGUGGACUUCUGGGCUGAGAACAGGAGCAUCUCUGUGAGCUCGGGUGGAAAGAGCUAUGUCCUGAAUCGCUAUUAUGUCCCUUAUGGGGGACCCAGGCCAGAGUCCUACAGCAAAGAUGCAGAGCUGGCAGAUACCUUGCCGGAAGGGGACCGAGAAGAUCUGUUCGCCGAGCUCAAGGCUGGGGCUGAGUCUGGCUGGGACUUCUCUUCACGCUGGUUCAUCGGAGGCCCAAACCCCGAUUUGCUCAGCAGCACCCGAACCAGUAAAUUUGUGCCUGUUGACCUCAAUGCCUUCCUAUGCCAGGCAGAGGAGCUGAUGAGCAACUUCUACGCCAGACUGGGAAAUGACACCCAAGCCACAAAGUACAGAAAUUUGAGGGCACAGCGCUUAGCUGCCAUGGAGGCCAUCCUGUGGGAUGAGGAGAAAGGUGCCUGGUUUGACUAUGACCUUGAGACUGGAAAGAAGAACGCAGAAUUUUAUCCAUCCAACCUCGCACCGCUCUGGGCCGGCUGCUUCUCUGACCUGGGUGACGUGGACAAGGCUCUGAAAUACCUGGAGGUGAGGUGGGCAGCAGGGUGGACUG